UACGAUCAGCCACCACUCAGGAUGAUCCUGCAACAGAUAUCACUGUAAGAAGACAGCCAAUGGCUUCCACAGGAAGUGGCCUCCGUAUUCAGGGGGAUGAUAACCUCCAGUCCAUGCUGGUGGGGUCAGUGAUGAGGAAGAUCAAGUCCAGAACCUGGAAGAAGCAGCGAUACUUCAAGCUCCAGGACGACUGCAUGACCAUCUGGUACAAAUCCAAGAAGGCUGGGAAGGCACAUUCCACAUUUUCUGUGAGUGACGUGGAGGCGGUACGAGAAGGUCACCAGAGCGAGGUUCUGCUCAGCAUCGCUGAUGAGUUCCCGCCUGACAGAUGCUUAACGGUGGUAUUCCGCGGCCGCAGGGCAAACCUGGACCUGGUGGCCGAGUCUGCGGAGGAGGCCCAGUCCUGGAUCAGAGGCAUGAGGAAGCUGAUUGAGAAUCUGGAAAACAUGGGAGAGAGAGAGAAACUGGACCAAUGGAUCAGCGACUGGUUCAAGAAGGCAGACAAGAACAACGAUGGCAGGAUGAACUUCAAGGAAGUUCAGGACCUGCUGAGGAUGAUGAACGUGGACAUGAAUGAGCACCAUGCUCAUCGUCUCUUCACAAUGGCAGAUAAAUCACAGACUGGUGCUCUGGAAGAUGACGAGUUUGUGCUCUUCUACAAGAUGCUGACCCAACGGGAAGAUGUCUUGAGAGUUUUUCAGGAGUAUUCAGCUGAUGGUCAGAAGUUUUCUCAAAGCAACCUGGAGGAGUUUCUGAGGGAGGAGCAGCUUGAAGGAGGUGAUAUCCAACAGUACGCCAAGCAGCUCAUCGAGCGCUAUGAGCCCUCAGAAACAGCCAAGCAGCUGAAUGCCAUGACAUUUGAUGGGUUCUUGAUGUACCUUGGAUCAGCUGAGGGCUCCAUCUUCAACCCACAGCAGAGGAGCAUCUUCCAGGACAUGAGCCGGCCCCUGUGCCAUUAUUUAAUCUCCUCCUCCCACAACACAUACCUGAUGGAGGACCAGCUGCGAGGACAGAGCAGUGUGGAGGGAUACAUCAGGGCUUUGAGUCGCGGCUGCCGGUGUGUGGAAGUGGACUGCUGGGACGGUGCCAAUGGAGAACCCAUCGUUUAUCAUGGACACACCUUCACCUCCAAGAUAUUCUUCAAAGAUGUGGUGACUGCUGUGGGAAGCUACGCCUUCAAGGUAUCUGAAUAUCCAGUCAUCUUGUCCAUUGAGAACCACUGCAGUGUGGCGCAGCAGCGAGUCAUGGCCCAACACCUCAACCACAUCCUGGGCGACAAGCUGCUGAAAAGCACCUUGGAUGGCAGGGUUCCCGUCGGGCUGCCGUCUCCUGAGGAUCUAAAGGGGAAGAUUCUCCUGAAGGCCAAGAAAAUGGGUGGUCUGGAAGAGAGCUUUGGGGGGAUGGUGGAGGACUCUCUGACUGGAGAUGUCAGCGAUGAAGAUGAAGUGGCAGAAAUAGAUGAAGAUAACCUUCAUCGUGAGAGCGUGCGUCGCAGGAUGAAGAAGUCGAAACAGCGUCUGUCCAAGGAGCUGUCAGACUGUGUGGUUUACUGUAAAAGUGUUCACUUUAGGAGCUUCAAACACUCUCGUUUACACUCCAAGUUUUAUGAAGUGGCCUCUUUUACGGAGUCUAAAGCCCGAAAGCACCUGCGAGAGGCCGGAGCAGAGUUUGUGCACCAUAACUCACGGCACCUUACCAGAGUUUAUCCCACUGGCUUCCGAACGGACUCUUCCAACUUUAAUCCUCAGGAAAUGUGGAAUGCUGGGUGCCAAAUUGUUGCGCUAAACUUCCAGACAGCUGGUGAGGGGAUGGAUUUGAACGAUGGGCUUUUUGCUCAGAACGGCGGCUGUGGAUACGUCCUGAAGCCCAGUUUCAUGAGAGAAACAGAAAAAAGGUUUGACCCAGAGAUGCCUCAGAAACGGGACAGUUACCAACCCAUCGUCCUCACCAUCCAGGUGAUCAGUGGUCAGCAGCUGCCCAAAGUCAACAUCAAAGAGGGAUCUAUCGUGGAUCCUCUGGUCAGAGUGGAGAUCCAUGGAGUUCCCAUGGACCAGGCCAAGCAGGAGACCAGAUACAUCGAGAACAACGGAUUUAACCCUGUGUGGUAUGAUACGCUGCGAUUCACCAUCCACACCCCGGAGCUGGCCAUGGUCCGGUUUGUGGUGGAGGACUAUGACAUGACGUCGAAGAACGACUUUGUGGGGCAGUACACCCUCCCUCUGAGCUGCAUGCAGCGAGGUUAUCGUCACAUUCACCUUUUAUCCAGAGACGGAACGAGCAUUCCUCCUGCAUCCCUGUUUGUUCAUGUCAGGAUCUCAGACCUGGAAUAAAACUACAGCAACAGCUCGGCAUGCUGGGUAACAACAGGAAAUAAAUAGUUUUAGUUCAGAAAAUCGUAUUUAUUACUAUGAUCCUUCUUAUUUGAUGUGAAUAAACACCUGGCCAAAUGUUUAGUGGUCCUACAGAGCAGACCCUUCCUCUGUGUCUUCCCCUCUCUGUUCAGUGUAUCCUGUGAUUGUUAGUGUUAAUAAUUCUGGUGUCUGAUGUGUUUCUUCAGAAAUAUUGUGUUGUAGAGGAAACGUGCCACCGUAUCUAUCAGUCAGGAUCAGUAUUCUUUGUUAAAGCAGCUCUCUGGCUGCACUCCUCAGAUCUGAUAAACAAAGUUAGGAGGGAAUUUUAGCUAAUUAGACCAACCGUUUUCUGGUAAAAGGAUUGAGAGGCAGCUGGAAUCAGACUGAAACCAUCAGGCUGUGCAGACCUGUGAGGGGUUCAUUACUUCUUACUUUUAUCUGAGAGCAGGACUCCUUGUUUAUCUGCUUUUAUAUGGAUUUCACUACAUUUUCCACAUAAUUCUGAUUGUUUAUGACAGGAAUGAUUAUGUUUAUCAUCUAUAGUUCCUGUAGGAGCUACAGCGGUCACCUGAACUGAUGCAGAACUGCAGAUAAACGUCCAUCAUUCUGAUCAGAUACAGUA